ACGAAGAGGGCUUCUCGGCGGAGAUCGAAGAACAGUUGAAGACCAAUGGAUCCGGGUCGGAAGCCGCACAUUGCAUACAAGAAGCCUCCAACUGCCCCAACGCUCAACAUGGAGUUCGUGUGCUCUCGAGGCAGUCCCGAUGAGGAGCCUGUCAAACCGCCUCCCUCCACCUCGAUGUCGGACGUAGAGCGCAUCCUCCGUCAGCUGGAAGAGAGCAAUGACGAUCCACCGGUGAUGGGCGUACCUGUCGCUCCCGAGCGGGAGCGGGUGCGAGAAGAGAAGCCUAAAAGGCCACGUGUGAUGGCCAUGAAGCUCUCUGAGUGUCAGCGCCAAUGGUGCUAUCAAGCUUGGCAGGCUUUGGAGGCCAAAUGGAAGGCGAAGGACAGAACCAAGAUCUUUUUUGAAGAGUUCGAAUCUUUAAGCCAGGAGAUUCACUCCGAGGAGUUUCGGCGUGAGGCCGGAAAGUGUUUGGUGGGAGGACGAGCUCUGAACAACCCCAAAAACAGGUAUUCCAACGUCCUACCUUUUGACAGGACACGUGUCAAUUUGGCAAUCGGUGGGAUAUCGGGAUCUGUAAACGAUUACAUCAAUGCAAGCUACGUCAGGGGCGACUGGAACGAGGCCAGCAAGAUUGUGGACAGCGGAGAGGGAGAGGACGCAGGGGGAGGAGGAGAAGGAGGAGGAGAAGGAGAGGAAGGGAGGGAGAAAGAAGAUGGUUGUGAUGAGGAGAAGCCAGAGAAGCAGGGCUUCAGAGGAGAUGAGGAGGCUGGGAGGGAGAGCGGCAGGGGUAGUAGCAGCAGCGGCCCGAGCCAGAGGAGGGAUCCUGAUCGAGAUCGCCGCCAGAUGCGUUUCCCAACGUAUAUCGCGUCGCAAGUUCCGUUUAACUCCACUGUCGUUGACUUCUGGAUCAUGGUCAGACAAGUGGGUUGUCGAGCUGUGAUAAUGUUGAUGGGAGAUUUGGAGUGUAAUGCUGCCGAUGGCUACUUUCCUGACGAGGAAGGGGACUCUUACAGCUUCCCCCCCCUGCGCAUCACGACUAAGUCAAAAACGUGUUUGGAGCCGGGCAUCAAGAGGAGAGAGCUCGCUAUCUCACUAGCUGCUGCUUCAUCUCCUCCUCCUCUUCCUCCUCCUCGCCCUCCUCCUGAUUCUCCUGGUCUUCCUCCUCCCUCUGCACCUCAACCCGGCCCUUCUCCUUUUCCUCCCUCUCAAUCUCAAUCCUCUCCUUCUCUUUCUGCUCCCUUUCCACCUGUAUCCUCUCCUUCUCCUCCUCCCUUUCGAGGUCUGCCCUCUCCUUCCACUGCACCUCCCUUUCGCCCUCUCUCCUCUCCUUCUCCUUCUCCUCCUCCUGGACGUCAACCUUCUCCUUCUCCUUGUUCUUCUCCUUCUCCUUCUCCUUCUCCUUCUCCUUCUCCUUCUCCGUCUCCACCUCAGGCGGAGGGGCCCCCACGCAUGCCGAUGGAAUGGCAACAACCCUUUGUUGUUGAGCAUUACCACGUCCAAGAUUGGCCAGAUCAAGGCGUUCCGUCAUCAUCUAGGUCCAUUCGAUUCCUACUUAGCCACAUUCAUACCUCAGCUGUCUCGAUUGGUCCGUUUGCUGUUCAUUGCGUUGCGGGGACUGGGCGGACAGGAGCUUACUGUGCCGUCGAUCGAGCACUUCGAAAGGUUUUGAGCGGAGAUCUCUCCGCCAUCAACAUGAGGGAGGAGGUGAGGUGGCUGCGGCAACAACGGCCAGGAAUGAUCCAGACGAUGGAGCAGUACUUCUUCUGCUACAAGGUCCUCCGGCACGCGUUCGCAGAGCUGUCAUCAGCAGCAGUAGAAGCAGCAGAAGCAGCGAUUGAUCCUGGUCGUCCAAGCUGAUCGAUCGAGCGGCGGCGCCAAUCGCCAUUUGGCUGUCAAAAUUUGCGCGUCUGAUGGAUGUCGGGCAGCGUGAAGGCCACAUCAUUACAGCUGACGGCGUCAUUAACGGCGCGCCUGACUGGUGUCCGUCAUCGUGGUACGCGUUUAGCUGAGGGCUCAAUUUGGCGCCUGAUUUCGAUCAAAGAUUUGCAAUGUGGCGCCUGAUUUCGAUAAACGAUGCGCAGUUUG